ACUUAGAAGCACUGCAGUUUCUUAUAGAAAGCAGAAGUGUUGUUCUCGACUAAAUUGCACAAAUUGUUUCAAUUGUUUCUUUGAUAAAUGUGUUGCUUAAUUCGUAAUUACCGUACACAUAUUUGUCACUGUGAGUCAUUAUGACUGGUUACUCUUUUCUGGCGGUGAUAUUUGAAACUCUUUUAUUUAUUUUCUUAUCGACAGACGUGGAAAACUGCGAUUCCUACAAAAGCAAAAACCUGAAAGUAAUGUUAAUGUAACCUCAAGGGUACACCUCUUUAGUUUUAUUCCGAGUUUUGCUGGCGUUUUUUUUUGUUUGUUUUUUUUUUGUUUAUUUAUUUAUUUUUAAUAAGAAAAUAAAAUGGCAAGACAAGGUCUUAAUAAACCUCGCAAGGUAGUCUCUUCAGGAAGGCUUGCAGGCUCUGCCAAGGCAAUAGUGGGAAACAAAAGGAUAGUUGGGAGGAAACCCUCUGCUGCCUCUGUAGAUUCUGGCUACUCUCUGUACUCCACAGACUCUGAAGACCAGGUUACAACUAUACAUAAAGGACUUGACCGCUGUGCUGCUUUAUUACAAGGCAUUUUGCAGACAGAGAAAUCUGAUGUAAAGCCUUCAUGCUCAAAACCAGGAAAAGUAACUGCUUCAAAACUCAAGACCAAAGUAACAUUUGGUAAAGGAGAGAAUGGCAGAAGGAAAGACCACCACAAAACUGGCUCUGUAACUCAGAAGGGAGCAGUGGAAAAGGUGAACCUGUUUUCCAGUACAAACCCUGUGAUGAAAGAAAAGCGCUGUUUAAAUACAGCACAGUCUCCAAAUGGUCAGCCGGUGUUUAUCCCAGUCCCUCAGCCCUCCCCUGAGGCUCAGCCAGCCCUGACUGAUGAUGUUCAAACACAGAUGUCUGUACUGAACUGCCAGGCUGCAAUGCAUGGUGCUCCCCUUACACAACCAGUAUAUGCAGGUGCAGAUUCAGGAAAACAAAGUUCAACUGUAUUUAACCGUCGCUUGACAACUUCCACUCCUGCUUUGUCUCCACAACAUUCAGCUAAUCCUCUGUGUAUUCCGACUAGCAUGUCCAAUGAUGAUGUAUACAGCCAUGGGUCUCCACAAGGAGGGAUCAACUACUUUCCUGUAUAUGCAGGUCCAGCUACAGCAAUCCCAUCAAUGCAGCCUGCCCAUACAACUCCAGCUGUAUUUACAUUCCCACCACCUGCUGUGUCUAGUGGAAAUGAAGUGCAGGGUGUACCCCAGCAAAUGUAUGGCACUGAAGCAGGCUUUGGGCAGUCAAACCGUCAGCUGUUAAAGGAGCACAAGUUGUUGAGACAUCUUUCCCAUCUUCAACAGCAAGAGGCAGAAAACCGUCAACCUGCUGUGCCUAUUAAUUCACAAACUCGGAUCCAACUUUCCAGUGAAGAAUCUGAGUCUGAGCACAGUGAAGGAAAUACAAGCGAAGAUGAUGACCUGGACUGUGUAGAUAUCACACCAGUGAAAGACACAAGCUGUCAAACCAGCUUUGAUAACCAGAGGCUUCUAAAGACUAAGAAGAUGAGCCCGGAGCAGACUAAGAAGAAAGUUGCGACUGUAAAAUAUCUUCUAGGAGAACUAAAGGCACUUGUUGCUGAUCAAGCUGACUCUGAAGUUCACCGGCUGAUAAGAGAGGUGGAGGAGAGUGUGUCUUUGCUACCUACUGUGAUUGGAAGUACAAACGUGCAGGCAGAAAUAGCUUUGGCUCUGCAGCCCCAGCGAAGUGAGAAUGCACAGUUGCGCAGACGAUUGAGAAUAGUGAAUCAACAGUUAAAGGAGAGAGAGAGAGCAGAAAAAGAAUCCAGAUCUGUGGACUGUAACUUUGAAAUUAUUUCACUGCAGUCUAUGAACAUGACACUGCAGACCCAGUUGAAGGAAGCCCACAGGAGUGUGGAACUGCUACAGAAAAAGAAUGAAGAGCUGCUUAAAGUGAUUGAUGAUCAGAGAGAGAAGAAUAAACAGCUGUUGACAGUGAUGCAGGAAAAAGAAGUGCUGCUGCAGAACAGACAGCAGUAUGAGGUGGACACAGCCAGGGUCAGGAUAGAUGUGGAUGAAGCUUUGUCAAAAAUGAAGAGUUUUCAGUUUAAAUUUGAAGCCUCAGAAAAGGAAAAUCAGAUUUUAAGUAUAAGUCUUCAACAGCGUGAUGCUGAGAUCAACAGACUGCGAGAGUUAACCAGGACUUUGCAGGGCAGUAUGACCAGACUUCUUUCAGAACUCAAUACGGACAAUAACAGAUCCAAAGCAGGAUCUCACCUUACUAAAACCAUUCUAGAACUCUAUGAAAACCAACAAAAGGUUGGCUUAGCAUCAGAUCCUGUCACAAAUUCAGUACACCUGUUCCUCAACACAUUAGAGACUGACCAGUGGGGUUCAUCACCAGUCAACACUGCAUCAUCAAAUAAAAACUCAAACGUGGAAAGUAUUUAUUGUUAUGCCAAUGAAUCUGCAGGCACAUCGUGGAACAAGGGCAGUACUAUAUCCUCCUCUGAAAGAUUUUCACCAAGCAACCAAGGCAGUAUCACAAGGCAAGUUGCAGAAUCUGAAAGUGAUGGUUGCUUUACUUUACGUGAUAAACCAAAACUAGAUGAGACCACAUAUGUUCCAGUUAUCAGCAGUUCAAAGAAACAGGCCCUCGAGGUGAGGAAGAAAACGCCUCCUUUGCAAUCUGACAGCGUUUUAAAAAGAUUAGAUUACAGUAAUGAAAUCCAUGCAUUUGAAUCAGUACAAUGUGAUGAAUCAAAACCCUUAACUAAUGCCUUUGAGAAGUUAACCUUUUCCAGAAUCGAGCCUUUUUCAUACAUAUCGGGUGAAUCAAAUGUACCAGAAAAUUCAAGUCAAGUUGCGAGCAGGAUUGAAGGUCAGAUUCCAGUAAGACCUUUAGGUACGAUGGACACUUUUCGUACCAGCAUCACAGGAAACAAGAGAGAGGUGCCUCAGAUAAAUAAACGUUCUCACAGCUCCUUACCGCUUCAAAGAAACGGAGGGCAGAUGUACAAAAGUAGAAUAGCAGCAGUUGACUCAACUUUUUCAACCUUUGAUGGAGAGUCAGUAAAUUCAGAUUGGAGCCUGAUGUCUGCAUCCACAUUUAACACUGGUGAUGAACAGGACUUCAGAAAUGGACUUGCAGCGCUGGAUGCCAGUAUAGCUAACUUACAAAAAACCAUACAGACUGAUCUCAAGCGAUAACAGGAUUUUUUAUUUUUUUUCCCCUAAGAAAUGUAGAGAAAUCAAUUUUGAGUAGUAAGGUUUGUAGUGUGGAUAUAUUUCUGUAUUUUUGUAUGCAAAAGUGCAAUAGUCAAUGUUUUAUAAUUAAUUUAAUUACAGAAGAAUGUAUAUAAUAAAGUUAAAUGUUGUGUAGCACAUCUUGUAACUUUUCACUUUUUUUUUGUAUUACAUUUAGAAUGUAAUUCCAGAAGGAUGUUUUGAUGCUUUUGCAUUAACGAAUGAACACUACAGGAAAACAUUCCGUACAACAGUAUUACUCCUUGUGGUACCUGUUAUUGCUUUAGUAACCUUAUUUUAGUCUUGUUUGGUGCAUUUGAAUUGGUUUCUGCAACAGUUACUUCCAAGACUGGUACAACAUUCCUCUCUUGGCAGUAACCAUUUAGAAUGUUAAUGCACUUGAGGGGCAUCUUGAUUAUUAAAAUCUCUUUUCUAUUUUUGAAGAGGAAAUGAUUAUAUAAGUCAAGAAUACCAAGAUGUUUAGUAAAUAAACCAGAAUGGGAUCAGUGGGCAAUUUAAUAUCCCACUCCUGGGAAACAAGAUAUUACAGCUUUUCUUGGAAAAAACCACAAAAUAUUCAGCAUGAUUAUUUUAAAACAGGAAUUCCUCUUGUAAGUUAUUGCUAUACAAAUGUUGGCACAAGCCUUUAUUAGAAUUAUUAAGACUUUGUUUUACAAAAAACUGUUACAUUAAUUUAUUACAUGACACUUGGUGUACUGUUACAAUUACACUUAACGGCAACAUUCCCUCUAAGCUUUUUAGAUAUGAGAAAAUUGCCGUUUUGACUGAUAAACGGUAAAUUAUCAGUGAGAAACCUUCGGCCACGCAUGAACCCUUUUUAAUAUAUUUUUGUUGCAUCAUACAAUUUUGAAACAACAUUCCAACACAAGUAUCUCAACAAUUUUACAAUUUACUUUAAAUUUAAACACGACAUUUAUUGCAGCUCUGCCUCUGAUUUUGAAACAUCCUCUGAUCCUAUGCAGCCCUGUCGGUUGUUAUCAUAGAUAUAGACUGCAUGCUUAACUGGUGGCCUGCAUAAAAUUGCUUUAUACUACUGCAUAAAACGCUGACGUCUGCACUGCCUUCAAUUGUAACCAUCUUUUAGGGCUAUUAAUUGUUCCAUUC